CUCUUCCCGCUGCCUGAGGAGGCAGACGGAGGCCUUCGAGAGGGUACUUGUCAAACAAGCCCAUCCAUGAGUCGAGCUUCCCUUUUUUAAAAGUCAUGGAUGACAAGGCCUCCGUUGGAAAAAUCAGCGUGUCUUCAGACUCGGUGUCCACCCUUAACAGCGAAGAUUUUGUCUUGAUUUCCAGGCAAGGGGAUGAGACGCCAUCCGCCAAUAACGGUAGCGACGACGAAAAGACAGGGCUGAAGAUUGUAGGGAAUGGGAGCGAGCAGCAGCUGCAGAAAGAGCUGGAAGACCUCCUAAUGGAUCCCCCCGUGGAAGACCCAUCAAAUGACCGAGAACGCGAGAAGGAGGACAUCCGUCGUGAUGGAGGAGAGGGAGACGAGGCAGUCCUCCUCGAGGUUUCCGCAUCCUCCACAAUUAACCCCGUGUCUGUUUCGGGACCUCAGAAACCCGAUAUGAGCUUGCCGGUGAAGCCGGCCCAGGGAGAUUCCGAGGAGUCGAGUCCCUUUACUCCCGUUGCCGACGAGGACAGCGUCGUCUUCAGCAAACUCACGUACUUGGGCUGCGCCUCGGUCAACGCUCCCCGGAGCGAGGUGGAGGCCUUGAGGAUGAUGUCCAUCUUGCGGAGCCAGUGUGAGAUCUCCGUGGACGUGACUCUUUCGGUUCCUAAUGUGUCGGAGGGAACCGUGAGGCUGCUCGAACCCCCGACGAACACUGAAAUAGCCAAUUACCCCAUUUACAAGAUCCUGUUCUGCGUGCGGGGGCACGACGGGACCCCGGAAAGCGACUGCUUCGCUUUCACUGAAAGCCAUUACAACUCGGAGCUCUUCAGAAUUCACGUCUUCCGGUGUGAAAUCCAAGAAGCUGUGAGUCGGAUCCUGUACAGUUUUGCCACCGCCUUCCGCCGCUCUGCCAAACAGACGCCGCUCGCCGCCCCCUCCGCCCCGCAGACGCCAGACAGCGACAUAUUUACGUUCUCCGUUUCCCUGGAAAUAAAAGAAGAUGACGGGAAAGGAUAUUUCAGCGCCGUCCCCAAGGACAAGGAUCGCCAGUGUUUCAAACUGCGGCAAGGCGCCGACAAGAAGGUCGUCAUUUACGUGCAACAGACAACCAACAAGGAACUGGCGAUCGAAAGGUGUUUCGGCCUCCUCCUGAGCCCAGGGAAGGAUGUGCAGAGUGGCGAUAUGCAUCUGUUAGAUCUGGAGUCUAUGGGCAAAAGCUCGGAUGGGAAGUCCUACGUCAUCACGGGGAGCUGGAGCACAAAGUCUCCGCACUUCCACAAACUGAACGAAGAAACCCCGAAAGACAAAGUGCUGUUCCUGACCACGGCCGUCGACUUGGUGAUCACCGAGGUGCAGGAGCCCGUGCGCUUCCUCCUGGAGACCAAAGUCCGCGUGUGCCCUGCCGGCGAGAGGCUCUUCUGGCCUUUCAGCAAGCGGAGCUCCACCGAGAACUUCUUCCUGAAGCUGAAGCAGAUCAAGCAGAAGAAGGACCGAAAGAACAGCACGGACACACUCUACGAAGUCGUAUGCCUGGAGAGCGAGUCGGAAAGGGAGAGGAGGAAAACCACCGCCAGCCCGGCGCUCCGCCUGCCGCAGUCCGCAUCUCAGGGCUCCAUCAUCCCAUCCCCGCCGGAGGACGACGAAGAAGAAGAUAACGACGAGCCUCUCCUGAGCGGUUCCGGAGACGUUUCCAAAGAGUGCGCGGAGAAAAUCCUCGAGACGUGGGGAGACCUCUUGUCCAAAUGGCACUUGAAUCUGAGUGUGCGACCAAAAACCUUGUCCACGUUGGUGAGAAGUGGGGUCCCCGAAGCUCUCAGGGGGGAGGUUUGGCAGCUCCUUGCGGGAUGUCACAACAAUGACCACCUGGUGGAGAAGUACCGGAUCCUGAUCACAAAGGAGUCUCCGCAGGACAGCGCCAUCACCCGGGACAUCAACCGGACGUUCCCCGCUCACGACUACUUCAAGGACACCGGCGGCGAUGGCCAGGACUCCCUGUACAAAAUCUGCAAGGCCUAUUCCGUCUACGACGAAGAGAUCGGCUACUGCCAGGGCCAGUCCUUCCUGGCCGCUGUGCUGCUUCUACACAUGCCGGAAGAACAGGCCUUUAGCCUCCUGGUCAGAAUCAUGUUUGACUACGGACUCCGGGAGCUUUUCAAGCAGAACUUCGAAGAUUUGCACUGCAAGUUUUACCAGCUGGAGCGACUCAUGCAGGAAUACAUUCCAGACCUCUACAACCACUUCCUGGACAUCAGCCUCGAAGCCCACAUGUACGCCUCCCAGUGGUUUCUCACGCUCUUCACGGCAAAAUUCCCCCUCUAUAUGGUCUUCCACAUCAUCGACCUGUUGCUCUGCGAGGGCAUAAGUGUCAUAUUCAACGUCGCCCUCGGGUUGUUAAAAACGACUAGGGACGACUUGAUGCAGACGGACUUCGAGGGCGCCCUGAAGUUUUUCCGGGUCCAGCUGCCCAAGCGAUAUCGCUCCGAGGAGAACGCCAAGAAGCUGAUGGAGUUGGCCUGCAGCUUGAAGAUUAGCCAAAAGAAGCUGAAGAAAUAUGAACGGGAAUACCACGCCAUGAGAGAGCAGCAGGCCCAGCAGGAAGACCCCAUAGAAAGAUUUGAGCGAGACAACCGGCGCCUCCAGGAAGCAAACAUGAGGCUGGAGCAGGAGAACGAUGACCUGGCCCACGAGCUGGUGACGAGCAAGAUCGCUCUGAGGAAGGACUUGGACAAUGUAAGAACCAGAAGACAACCAGAAAAGCGGACAGCCUUGAACAAGGAGCUGUUGAUGACCAAGCAGAAGCUGAUAGACGCGGAAGAUGAAAAGUGGCGGCUAGAGGAAGAGUCGGCUAAGCUGAAGGAGAUGUGUCGGCGGGAACUGGACAAGGCGGAGUCUGAGAUCAAGAAGAACAGUUCCAUCAUUGGAGACUACAAGCAAAUCUGCUCCCAACUGAGCGAGAGGCUGGAGAAACAGCAGACGGCAAACAAGGCCGAGAUUGAGAAGAUUCGGCAAAAGGUGGACGAAUGCGAGCGCUGCCGCGAGUUCUUCAACAAGGAGGGGAGAGUGAAGGUGGCCAGCGUUGCCCGGGAGGGCUCCGAGGAGGACACGGACGAGGAAGAGGCCCUGAAGAACCAACUGCGGGAGAUGGAGCUGGAACUAGCCCAGACCAAGCUUCAGCUGGUGGAGGCGGAGUGUAAAAUUCAGGAUCUCGAGCACGACUUGGGGCAGGCGCUGAACGAGGUGCAGGCCUCCCGGAAGACCUGGUUCAACCGAACGCUGAGCUCUAUAAAGACAGUGACGGGCGUCCAAGGGAAAGAGACGUGCUGAAGGGGGCGGCCUCCUCCCAUGGGCCCACGUUCCCCCCCGCUCGGGACACCU